UCUUCGCUUGUGCUUAUCAGCCCACUUUCAGCACGCUGUUUUCUUUUUCUUGCCUUCGUUUCUCGUACUGUUUGUUGCUGCUGUUAGCCAUUUCUUUUGUUACCACUUACCUAGCUGCGAUUUUUAGGGGUCGGAGGUAAUGGCGGAAAUCAUCGCCGAUCGUCGACAUAGUCGACGUAAGAAUCACAAAAGAUGUUUCUUUUCUAUCUGAUCUCCUGUUCUUUGAGUAAAUUUAUACACUAUAAUAGAAGGAUUUCUCCUUUGAUGCCCUUUUACGUCUAUAUCACUUAUUGAUCGGGUUGUCAACUUUAGAUUAUAGGUUUUUGAUCGAGAAAUGAGCUCGUGAGAAGCUUUAAUGGCUAAAGAUCGGAUUUUUUCAGCUUAAAGCGGACAUUUUGGUUGCAGAAACGUAUUUUUUUAGCUGACGUAAAGUUCAAGCUCAAGUUUUUACACACUGUUUUGGUUUCCUACUGGCUCUCUUCUUUGUGGCAUGCUUACUGAGGUUCCGUAGAAGAUGUUGUCGGAGAUGGGAAUGCGACCUAUGCUCGGAAGCAACGAAGGAUCGUAUGGAGAGGAAUUAGGGAAGGAGCUAGGGAUGUUGCUUCGGGAGCAGCGGCGGCAAGAGGCGAACGAUCGGGAGAGGGAGCUGAACCUCUAUAGGAGUGGUUCAGCUCCCCCAACCGUUGAAGGUUCCUUGACUGCCUUUGGAGGUCUGUUUGGAAAUGGCGGCGACGCCUCCCUUUCGGACUUCGCCGGUAGUAAGAGUGGCAAUGGAUUUUUGUCAGAGGAGGAACUCCGCGCUGAUCCAGCCUAUCUAUCUUACUACUACUCUAACGUGAACCUUAACCCUCGACUUCCACCGCCGCUGCUAUCGAAGGAAGACUGGAGGGUUGCGCAGCGGUUUCAGGGCGGGGGUUCCACGCUGGGAGGGAUUGGUGAUAGGAGAAAGGUGAAUCGUGUUGAUGAUGGAGGGAGUCGAUCGUUGUUCUCGCUGCAGCCUGGGUUUAAUUCGCAGAAGGAAGAAAAUGAGGUUGAAUCAAGGAAAUCACAGGCUUCAGCGGAAUGGGGUGGGGAUGGACUCAUCGGAUUGUCGGGGUUAGGACUUGGGAGCAGGCAGAAGAGUUUCGCAGAUAUUUUUCAGGAUGAUUUGGGACGCACAACACCUGUCUCUGGUCUCCCUUCUCGUCCGGCUAGCCGCAAUGCCUUUGAUGAUGGGGUUGAGACUUUAGGUUCUGCUGAAUCCCAACUAGCCCAUUUACAUCAUGAAUUGACAUCUGUAGAUGCUCUACGAUCUGUUCCAAAUGCACAAGGCAUUUCUGGGGUCCAGAAUGUUGGUGCAUCAGCGUCUCAUACUUUUGCAUCUGCAUUGGGUGCCUCCUUGUCACGAAGCACAACUCCUGAUCCUCAACUUGUUGCUAGGGCUCCUAGUCCUUGCCUUCCACCUGUUGGAGGGGGGAGAGUUGGUGCAGGAGAUAAGAGAAGUAUCAAUGGCUCAAACUCAUAUAGUGGCGUCUCGUCUGGUAUGAGUGAGUCUGCCGAUUUGGUAGCUGCUUUAUCAGGCAUGAGCUUGUCAACAAAUGGCGGACUUGAUGAAGAAAACCAUUUGCGGUCCCAGAUUCAACAAGAAAUCGAUGAUCAGCAGAAUUUCCUUUUCAAUCUGCAAGGUGGACAGAACCAUAUUAAGCAACAUCCGUACAUAAAGAAAUCUGAUUCUGGGCAUUUACAUAUGUCUUCUGUUACUCAAUCUGCAAAAGGAUCAUAUUCUGAUUUGGGUAAAAGCAAUGGAUCUAGGAUGGACCUGAAUGCCUCUUCUGUGAUAGAUGGGCAAGUUGAACUGCACAAACCUGCUGUCUCAUCUGCUAAUUCAUAUUUGAAAGGGCCAUCCACACCCACUCUUACUGGGGCAGGAGGUUCUCCUCACUAUCAGAAUGUAGAUAGCUCAAGCUCAGCAUUUCCAAACUAUGGUUUAGGUGGGUAUUCUGUUAAUGCAGCAUUGCCUUCCUUGAUGUCAAACCACCUUGGCACUGGUAAUUUGCCUCCUUUGUUUGAAAAUGUUGCUGCAGCAUCUGCAAUGGCAGCCUCUGGCUUGGAUGCUAGAGCACUAGGGGGAGGUUUGCCUUCAGGUACAAAUUUAACAGGGGCGGCCGAAUUGCAGAAUCUCAAUAGAAUGGGGAAUCACACAGCAGGGAGCACUCUUCAGAUGCCCCUUGUUGAUCCCUUGUAUCUUCAGUAUUUGAGGACUGCAGGAUAUGCUGCAGCUCUCAAUGACCCUUCUGUGGACAGGAACUACAUGGGCAACUCAUAUGUGGAUUUACUUGGACUCCAGAAAGCUUAUCUUGGAGCAUUGCUUUCACCUCAGAAAUCACAGUAUGGUGUCCCAUUCCUUGGUAAAUCUGGUGGUUUAAAUCCUGGUUAUUAUGGAAACCCUGGAUUUGGUCUUGGUAUGUCAUAUCCCGGAAGCCCACUAGGAAGUCCACUUAUUCCUAAUUCUCCUGUGGGGCCUGGUAGUCCAAUUAGGCACAAUGAACGGAAUUUACGCUUUCCUCCUGGACUGAGAAACUUAGCUGGGGGUGUCAUGGGAUCCUGGCAUGCAGAUGCUAGUGGUAAUAUGGACGAAGGCUUUGCAUCCUCUCUGCUGGAAGAAUUUAAAAGCAACAAAACCAAGUGUUUUGAACUUUCAGAAAUUGCAGGUCAUGUUGUUGAAUUCAGUGCUGAUCAGUAUGGGAGCCGGUUCAUUCAACAGAAACUUGAAACGGCCACAAUAGAGGAGAAGAAUAUGGUUUUUCAGGAAAUUAUUCCCCAAGCUCUUUCAUUGAUGACUGAUGUAUUUGGUAAUUAUGUGAUCCAGAAGUUUUUUGAGCAUGGAACUGCAUCCCAGAGACGAGAACUGGCAAAUCAACUCACUGGGCAUGUCUUGACACUUAGUCUUCAAAUGUAUGGGUGCCGAGUGAUUCAGAAGGCAAUAGAAGUUGUUGAUUUGGACCAACAGACUAAGAUGGUCGCAGAACUUGAUGGUCAUGUGAUGCGUUGUGUACGUGACCAGAAUGGGAACCAUGUUAUCCAGAAAUGCAUUGAAUGCAUUCCUCAAGAUGCCAUUCAGUUUAUUGUUUCAUCAUUCUAUGAUCAAGUUGUGACACUGUCUACCCACCCAUAUGGUUGUCGUGUCAUACAGAGGGUACUGGAGCACUGUGAUGACCCCACAACCCAGCGUAUCAUGAUGGAUGAGAUUCUGAAUUCUGUUUGCAUGUUAGCACAAGACCAGUAUGGGAAUUAUGUUGUUCAGCAUGUGCUGGAACAUGGAAAGCCACAUGAACGUUCUGCCAUAAUCAAGAAAUUAGCUGGACAAAUUGUUCAAAUGAGCCAGCAGAAAUUUGCCUCCAAUGUUGUUGAGAAGUGUUUAACUUUUGGUGGUCCUACAGAACGCCAGAUCUUGGUAAAUGAGAUGCUUGGUACAACUGACGAAAAUGAGCCUUUGCAGGCAAUGAUGAAGGAUCAGUUUGCAAACUACGUUGUACAGAAAGUGCUGGAAACUUGUGAUGACCAGCAACGUGAACUGAUUCUUUCACGAAUAAAAGUUCACUUGAAUGCUCUGAAGAAGUACACUUACGGGAAGCAUAUAGUUGCACGUGUAGAAAAGCUUGUUGCUGCUGGCGAGAGGAGAAUCGGUAUUCAGACUCCAUACGCUGCUUAGAUGGCAUAGCGAGAAAGUAAAGUUGUUGUACAGCUAACUGAGGCUAUUUCAAAUAUACCUAGAAUCAGGCAAGCUCGAGGCUCAGAUGAAUACACCUGAUGCCCCUGCGGAGGAGAUAAAUUGACUGUACAAGAUUUUAAGGGUGUAAAAAGUAAAAGAACUGGAAUAGUGAAUAUGUUAACGUGACUGUACAAAUGUCACCUUGUGGAGAGCCUUUGGUCUUUAGGUGAGGCUGGGAAUUUUCUUUUAAUUUAUGGGAUUAAUUAUUUUUCCUUGAGCACAAAUUUUCUGUUGUGGCUAAGUCCUAUUUUCGAGGGCAGGUCUUGCAUUUUAAUUUUAUAUUCUCUUGUGCAUUUGUAUGAUAUUCUUUAUGCUGCUCACAGUUUCACUCGUUUUGCUAAGUUACUAUUGUUUUGAUGCUAUUUAACAAGUCAUCAAUUAUAGUGCUUGUGCAGAAUAAAUUGUUACUGUUGCAUUUCUUGUC